AUGCCUUGGCUCUACGUUACACACGUGCUUUUCCAGGUAAGCAGUUUUAAAAUACGAAGCGACUUCGAUUUAAAAAAAACCCUUAAAGUUGCUGUCAAUUACAACAACUCCUUUUCAGAUAUCAGUAGUCAGUUUUAUGCUGUUCAUCAGUCUUCUUUUGGUCCUCGGCGGCUCGGCCGUGACUUGGCUGGGAUCUCAGAUCUAUAUCAAUAUGAAUGGCCAUUGGUAUGGCCUCCUCGGCUUCAUCAUCUUUUUGUGCUGCGCUUUGGAUAGCUACUUCAUUGCGGUGACUUGCAUAGGAUGGAGACAGUUGAGAAAUAUCAAUAAGAAAGCAAAACGAGGGAAUAUCAAUACGAUUGGAAUCUAA